UCUGUUGAAUUCAGAGAUAACAGUCUCGCGUGUCCAUCACAGCGGCCGCCGCUGUAACGUCAGCUCGCCUGCAAAGAGAAUUAGUUAGCAAGGUGUUACCUUGACUUUUACUUCUUAUUAUGGAUUAUGAAGAUAAAGCAAAAACAGUGGCUGAAUGCUUGCUGAGCUACAAAAGGGACGAGUCCGGCUGGAAGGUCUGCAAGAAAUCGAAUGACGUGGUUGUGUCCUGGCGGCCCUCAUCUGAGUUCCCAGGGAAUGUUUAUAAGGGGGAGGGCAUUGUCAGUGGCAGCCCUGAGAAAGUGUGGGAGUGUCUGAAACCAGUACCCAAUGGACUCAGAGUCAAGUGGGACAACAAUGUGAAAAAGUUUGAGCUUUUGGAACAAAUCACAGAGGACAUCUCUAUCUGCCGAACAGUCACGCCCUCGGCAGCUAUGGGCAUCAUAGCUCCACGAGACUUUGUAGAUGUUAUUUUAGUUAAGCAAUACGAAGAUGGCACCAUUUCAUCCAAUGCCACCAAUGUGAGUCACCCGGGCUGCCCCGCCCAGUCUGGCUACGUGAGAGGAUUCAACCAUCCAUGUGGUUGUGUCUGUGUUCCCAUCUCAGGAGAGCCCAACAAAACCCAGGUGUUCAGCUUCUUCCAGACGGACCUGGGCGGCUUGCUCCCUCGCUCCGUGGUCGACUCGUUCUUCCCAUCCAGCAUGGCUGAGUUCUACGGCAACCUAGCCAAGGCUGUCAAAUCCCUCAAGGACCUUUGACACCAAGAGUUCAGAAUCCUGCCUUCAGACCUGAGGUCUGCUGACCGGUCAGGCCAAAAUUAUAUUCCAUUUUCCACUGAGAUUAUCAAACAGUUGCUUAUUUCAAAUAGAUCUAAUCCACAGUAAAUUUCGUGUGCAAUCCUAUGUUCCUGUGUUACUGCAGGAGGAAUCUAGUACGAUCUUCAGUAGUCGACCCCCUUACGUGAAAGCAGUUUACACUGAAAAGUCCCACAGUAAGAACGAGGGCUUGCAUUUGGCAAAACCUGCUUCUUAAACUCUUUACAUCCCCACCCCUAGGCUGAAUUUAUUUCCUCCAAUCUAAAGAGUGACAAUAGAUGUAAAAUCUAUAUUUGUAUAUGUGCUGAGAGUACUGAAUAUCUUUCCUUUUUACCAGAACGAUGAGACACCAGACAUUUCCUCUGCUUAUAAUUGCAUACUUCAGUGUGUACAGUAAACAUGCAUGUUGCAUGGACCUUAUUUACCCUAUGCUGGUAUCAGAUUAUUGGUUUGGAGUACUGCCUCAUACCUCAUAUUUCGUUGUUUGUGUUGUACUUGAAAUGCCAUAGUUUUGCUCAUUCCCAGUCACCUGUAAAUCAUGAAUAUCUGCCUCGUUUAUCAGCUACACUGAAGCACAGGUGGGAUGGAACAGGUGGCCUUUUUAGACAAGGCAGCUCUUUUUUUUUUUUCCGAAACUAACACUUUUCAUAGGACAUGUAGUCAAGACAAGUGUCUUCCCUGUUUUCAUGGCCUGGUUUGUAAUUUCCCUUCUCUUUUUCUUCAUAUACAGCUGCUCAUGCUGUUUGAAGGUUAGAACCACACCAGCUGCCUGCAGUGUGGCUCACAUGUUCAGUAUAGUGUCAUAUAUAUCUACAGUUUAUUUGAGUGAGCUUUACUGAGGCUUUUCUUCCAGUCUGGGUUGACAAAAGUGGUCACCAGCUGAUGCUGGAUUUUCCAGGCCAUCUACUAAACCUUUCUUACUGAAAGGCUUUUGAUGUGGGGAAAAAGUUGGUAGUAGUAACAUGGACAAAUGCAAAUCACAUAUUUAAGAUGCAAUAAGAUAGGGUCAUCAGGAAUGUGGGGCUCAGUGUCUUGCCCAGGGAUGAUUUAUCCAGCGUCCAUCAUGUGGAUGUCAUCAGAUUGUCUGACCUGUUGCAGUGCAACACUGAUUCUGCUUUCAGGUAACAUGAAGUGAAUCGGGCAUUGUUUAGUUGAUAUUUGCUGAAUGAUAAAGUGGAAUUACUAUCAUUUCCACUGUGCUGUUUUUACUUUGUGAGACACAAACCCCCUCCCAGCACACAGAAAAGGAGUCAGGACAGGGUUAAUGAACGUUGCAGUGCAGUGACUAGCCCUACACCCUCUUAGCACAGUUGAAUCUGUGGUGUAGGUGAGCUAUGAAAUGGUGUGAACUGGAUUCCGAUUCAGUAAAAUCCGAUCGAAGCCCAUCCCAAACCGCCGUCAUCUUCAAACAUCUUCAGGCUGAUGUGGCAACUGACUGCACUUAACUAGCUGUCACAUGGUGUUACCAUGGUGGUCUUAAUUGUAAACCACUUUUGUGCAGUGAUGGAACAUCACUACAUUUAUUCAAGUGCUAUACACAGGUACCAAUGUAAGGUACUUUACUACAAGUACUUAUUUUACUACAAGUACUGCUUGUACUUGAAUAUUUUCUUCAUAUUUUUACUUUAGUACAUCUCAGAGGGAAACAUUGUAGUUUUUACUCCACUGCAUGUGCUUAUCUGACAGCUUUAGUACCUUUAGAAAUAGAAAUUUUUGCAUAUAAAUCAUGAUCUUAUUAGUUGAUUCGUAGAAAGUAAAAAAAACUUUUUUCAGUGUCAGUUCGCCAAAAAAUUUCUUAUGGUUCCAAAAGAGAAGAUUUGGUUCUUUUCCUUUAAAUUAUUUGAAUAAUUUCUUUUGGUAUUUUUGAUUUUGACGUUUAAAGUAUUUUGAAGGUAUUGUGAAGGUUUCACUUUGAUUCUCACAGUUUUCUGGAUUUUUGCAAACCGAACAAUCGAAUCAUUGAGACAAUAAUCAGCUGAUUAAUAAAGACAAAACGCUACAGACAGAAAAGUGUUGUUACACAUUAAUGCAUUAGUGAUGAUAAUGUUUGAAAUAUGAUAGUAUAACAGUCACAGGAGCCAUUUUUAAUACUUGAAGCACAUUUUCUUUUACUUUUUUUACAUUUUAAAUGCAGGAAUUUUUAGCAAUAUUUAUACACUGUGGUGUUAGUGCUUUCACUUAAGUAAAGAAUCUGAAGAGUUCAUCAUUCUUAGACUUUGUGAGACAGAUUUAAACCCAAAGUUUGUUCUAUAAACACUAAUCUCACUUCUGGAGAGAGGUCCCACCCCUCCAAAUCAAACCACGUAGAGACAAGAGACUGAAACCUGGUCACAUUAAAAGAUGCUCAUCCUGCACACCUUUUAGAAUAGAUAUCAAAUUCUUUAUUUUUUGAUGCCUGCCUAAAUGACAUAAGAUUAUGAUGACCCUUAUUAUACAGCUAACCAUCAAAAGAAUGUCACUUAACAGGAUGAGCGUUAAAGCAGGUGUAGCUUCCUGGCAGCACCCAUCUGGGAUGGGCAGGUUCAAGGUCUUACUUUACAUGUGGAUAAAAACUCUGCAAUUGACGUGAUGGGAUAUGUUGUGGUAGUAGUCCAUUUUCCUGUUCAGUAUGCAGGAUUUAUCCCCUUAGUCCAGAUUCUCACUGUCUACACAUCAUAUUCAGUGAAGUUUGUGUAUGGGGGAAAAGAAAUGCGGAAAUGUCCUUCUGGAGUGGCCAUUGAUGACAGUAAACUCACUUGUCCAGAUCCUGUAACUCUUGAAGACACAUGUAAUAACUGGGCAGAGGUCCAGCCACACUGACCACUGGUUUGAUUUCUGUCCUGUUGUUGUUUUUAACGUGAAGCCUCUUUUUCAGGUCAGACAGUCUCUGCUCUGUACCUUCACACUAAAAUCAAAACUUAAGGCACUUGAAAUAAAAAGUCUCAAAUCAUGUCUGUAUUCAGUAACUUAACAGUGUAAACGCUAUCUUUACAUAAAGGUUGUAUAGAAAAUCUAGAAAUGCUACUUAUAUCACAACUGCCAGAAUCGUCUUUAGGUAUUCAGGAAAGAACUGAUGUACUGUACUGAAUUCAUGUUCACACACUGAGGCUCGCUUUGGUGGAGGAAAGAGGAAACGGCUGCAUGUUUGAACACACUGUGUAUCCUUCCCUUCAUUCCAUCCUCAUUCAGGCUGAAGAGGAUGCUUCCUUAAUGAUAAUCUAUGGAUUUUCUCACUUAAGUUAGACUUUAUUGGAUUACAUUUAUUGCUUGAACGUAGUCGUAACUUCAUGAAGAAAUCCCUCAGUAUGAAAUGAAUGACUAAAGAUGAGAUGAGUGUCUGAGUCAGGCAAAGCUGGAUGAAAGGUUUGAUUUGUGUCGUGAACUGUUGGCGUACCCACUUUCUCCAGAGCCUUCAUCCGUAUAAUAAAACCUAGAGGGGGCAUGUUUCAACUAGCCUUUUAUUAAGACUAUUAGGAUUCCUUUAGAAUGUUUUACCGCUUUACCUGUCACAUCUUUUUACCUCACAGUCUUUCAUGAAA